AUGAGCCUGACCCAGUCUUACCUCGCCUCCGCCCCUUCGCAAGACUCGCUCCGACACACCCUGUCACACAAUCACCACAAUGGCAUUCAUACCACUUCGCAACCCCUUCUGAUACCCACCAGCGCUCCUUCUUACCCAUAUUCAACUCUUGCCAUGGCUUACACUCCGGCAUCCAUUGCUUCCAAGGCCUCGACGGCUGCCAACAGCCCAAACGAUGCCUUCUCAAUGUCACACUACCAACGCUCCGUUGAUCGGGCUGCUCCCAUGUCUCUGCCACCUUCUGCCAUGUCAGACUAUCCCUCUCCUACGCCUGCUGUAUCCUCGUCUUACAGCUCCAUGACCGAAGCUUUCGGCAUGUCCAAAGGAACUGGUCUCAUCCGACGAUUGUCUCGUGGUGCCCACAACAGACUUAGGCGAAGACCUUCUACUACACAGACUAACCGCAUCCGCGACCAAAGCGCCGGCCCUGUCCUGGUGCGCAGAAGGAGUGAUAGCACUGGACAAUCCGACCUGACUGGCGACAUGUCCGAUCUCGAUCUCGGACGCACUUCAGAGGACGGCAACGAGGAUAAUGUUACCUCAUAUCCACCUCCAGACUCCUCAAUAACACAAGGUCUGCUUACUAUGCGUAAGGCCUCGGCGACAAUGGCUGAAGGCGGCGUCGCACCAACCAUUUCAUCCGUGCUGGAGCAAGGUACAUGGCUCACCAAGGUUACCAAGAAGAAGCGCAAAGUACUCAAAUUCCGUUUGGACCCCCUGGCUGCCAAAGUGUGCUGGAACCCUUCGAACCCUUCCAAACAAUUCUACAUAGACGAUGUUCGCGACAUUCGGGUCGGUGCCGAGGCAAAAUCAUCACGCCAGGAUAUUCAAAUCCCCCCUGACCAGGAGCGAUGCUGGAUAACCAUCGUAUACGACGCAUAUGAACGAUCCAAGGGCAGUUCAAUCAAGACCAUGCAUCUUAUUGCCCCGAAUGACUAUAUUGUCAAGCUUUGGACUGAUGCGCUGAACGUCGUAUCACGCGAACGCAUUGAAAUUAUGAACGCGUUAUCAGCGAAUCCCGAAAAGAGCGAGCGCAGCAUGAGGAUGGCGUGGAAACAAGCCACGUCACGUAAGAAUCCUGAUGCAGAACCGAAGAUCGAUUUCGAGGAUGCAAAGUGGAUCUGUCGCAAGCUUGAAAUCAACUGCUCUGUCAACGCCGUUCGCCAACACUUCAACCACGCAGACCACGAUUUGGUUGGUGAGCUCAACUACUCGCAAUACCAAUACUUCAUCAAUCUUUUCAAGAUUCGCAAAGAUGUCCAGUCUCUCUACUACGGUAUUAAGCGCUCUGAUGAGCCAGAGUUGAGCCAAGAGGCCUUUCUCGAGUUCUUGCGCAAAGAACAGCGUAUCGAUGUCGAGAAAGAUCGUGCUUCAUGGGAAAGCAAGUUUGAGCUUUAUUGCCGAAGCGCUUCUGGCAAAACCACUGAUCGUCAGUCUGAUCCUACACUCGAUCGUCCACUCAACGAGUACUUCAUCUCAAGUUCCCACAACACAUACCUCAUGGGCCGCCAAGUGGCAGGUCUUUCCAGUGUAGAGGGCUACAUAUCAGCUCUUGUCAAGGGCUGCAGAUGCAUUGAGAUUGACUGUUGGGACGGCAAGAAUGGUUUGCCUAUUGUCAAUCACGGUCGAACCUUGACUACUGAAGUCAUGUUCGAAGAUUGUAUUGCUGUCAUCUCGCGAUAUGCAUUUGCAUCUUCGGUCUACCCCUUGAUCAUAUCGCUAGAGGUUCACUGUAAUCCAGAUCAACAGCUGCACAUGGUCAACAUCAUGAAGCUCUACUUUGGAGAUGCUCUGCUUACCACGCCCUUGGUUGAUAACGCAUCUGUACUUCCCUCGCCAGAAGAGCUCAAGAACAAGAUUCUGAUCAAGGUCAAAGCAGCCUCACAGCAAUAUGGAGCACAAGAUUCUGCAGAAAACACUAACACCCAUCGCCAGAGAAGUUUCAGUUCUCCCUUCAGUCGAGCUGCAGAGAACAGUGUUCCUCCGUCACCAUUACAGAAUGCCGUGAAUGGUGAUGGGCUUGUCACGAAACCAUCGAACACUUGGCCUGUUAUCCGCGGCUCUUCGUCUACCCAAAGCACAGUACCGUCAACAUCGAGCUCUUCUGAGGACAGUGAUAGUACACCUGCUUCUGUCGAUUCGAAGAAGAAAAACAACAAGAAGACCAGCAAUAUCGUGCCUGCAUUGGGUGCGCUCGGUGUCUACGCUUGCGGCAUCAAAUACUCUGGUUUCUCUGCCCAAGAAGCACGAACAUACAACCAUAUCUACUCCUUCGCCGAAAACACGUUUGACCGUAUCUCCAGAGAUCCCGACGUCAAGAGUCAACUCGAAAAGCACAACUCUCGAUAUCUCAUGAGAGUUUAUCCUGCUGCUAUUCGUAUUGACUCGUCAAACUUCAAUCCCCUACAGUGUUGGAAGCGUGGAGUGCAAAUGGCAGCUUUGAACUGGCAGACCUACGACAUUCACAUGCAAAUGAACGAAGCCAUGUUUGCCGCUGGCACAGACAAGACUGGAUAUGUCCUCAAGCCCGAAGAAAUGCGCUACAACAAACAAUCCCUAGCCAGUAAUUCCUUGCUCGACAGCUUGAAAUUCCACAAGCGAGGAAAACACUUAGUACAGUUCAGCGUCGACAUCAUCUCGGCCCAACGACUCCCUCGACCUCGCAAUCACAACCCUGAGCUAGGUAUGAAUCCUUAUGUCGAGUUCGAGGUGUAUACCGCUGAAGACAACAAGUCUCGUGGUUAUGCCAAGGUCGAUGGCGGUAUCGAUAUCCAGCCUUCAGGUAUGGGACCUUCGGUCAAAAGAAGGACUAGACUGAUCGAAGGUAAUGGGUUUGACCCAAACUUUGGAGAUUGCUUCAGAGUGUCUCUUGAGACGAAGUAUCCCAGCCUGGUCUUUGUCCGAUGCACAGUUUGGAACUCACCUGAUGGACGCAAUGCCUCGUCUAACAGCACGCUCCUUGCCACCUUCACCGCGAAACUUACCAGUCUUCAACAAGGCUACCGUCACCUCCCUCUUUUCAACUCUUACGGCGAACGAUAUCGUGACGCCAAGUUGUUCGUCCGAAUCAAGAAAGAUUCACCAAUUGCCUUGUCAGCAACCGAAGUCGAACCAAUAGAUGAAUCUUCUCCUACAGUGUCUGACGAAGACCACAAUGGCCUGAAUGGCAAGGACCUCUGA